AUGGAUUUCUAUAGUACCAAUACCAACGAAAAUGUUGUGCCUUUGUCUAUCAAAGGCACAGCAGCAGCAGCAACAACAGCAGCAAGACCGCAUCAAUCAACAUGGUACGACAACUCGUUAAAAUUAGCUAAUAUUCUUCUUAAAUCUCUUCGAUGUAAAUUACAAAAGAAAACCCACGAGGAGGAUCGAGGCUUUGACGUACAUUAUGUGAUUGUAAAAAGCAUAGCUUUAUUAAUGACCGCAGAAGAAUCAUUGGUAUUAGUACAAGUUCCUCCUCCCUUAUCACCAAAAUUUCCAUUUCGUUCGACCCAAUUAUCGUUCACGUACUUAUCAACUGGUCUGAGUGGGAACCAGCAAAAAACCACACUUUCUCAUCACAUUAAUCAUCAAACUCAUCGCAUUCAUAGUAACAGUAACAACAGUAGCAAUAAUGAGCGUAUUUCGCCAAAGUCGGGCUCCUUCAAGCAGCAUACUCAACACAUCUCCUUUGCCAAUAGUGGGCCUUCCAAUGUGGAUGGAUUACUGUCGACCGUUCGUAAAAUCGAUAAAUCAAAUUUGAAAUGCUGCGAUUGCGAUAACACCGCAACCGUGGAGUGGGUGUCGAUCAAUUUAUUGUGCAUACUGUGUAUCAAAUGCUCCGGCGUUCAUCGGUCUCUAGGUUCUCAUAUCUCUAAAAUUAGAUCGUUAACACUGGAUAAUUUCACGUCAUUAGAAAUAAUGCAUCUUCUGCAGAAUAAUGUCUCCAAUAGUAAUGUUAAUGCCAUCUAUGAGAGCAACCUGCGUGGUCUAUCCGUAAAGAAAAUCACAGCGAACUCCACAGAUUUGGAGAGAUCAAAAUUCAUUAUCGACAAAUACCAACUCAAAAAGUUUGUCACCGACAGCAAACAGGGCAGAGAAGUUUCUCUAAAUUCUUUAAUCAAAGCUAUCCAUUUAGAUAGUGUCUUCAUGAUGCAAAGAACCAUUGCACAAAGUAAAUACUCUUUAAGUGAAUUAACAGCAAGCGAGAAAGAGCAAAACGAUUUAAACCAUCCGUCCAUUUUCCAAUAUUCUUUAAAACACUACGAGAUUAUUAAUGGAACCCCAGUUUUCUUUAUUACAGAAUUUUUAUUAUGCAACGGUAUUCAUAUAGAUGACUUGCCCAAGGUUACUACAAAUUGGUCUCCGAAAGUGUUGGAAUACUGGGAAACCAAGUUGAGAAUGUACGGGACAUUCCAAGGUGUUAGCACUUCUCGUUCAAAAUCAGGUCCGCAUUUGAAUAUGCAUUCCAGCGGCGACUCAGGUUCGUCUCAUAAUAAAAAGCAGGACUUGAAAUUGAACAUACCUGAAAGAAGUUCCUCUGCAAGUAAAAGGUGGAGUUUGAGUUCCAUUCCGAAAUCUUCUCAAAAUUUGAUGUCCCCGACAAACUUGUUAACAAUGCAUAAGUCUCUAAAGUUGGCCAAAAAGGACAAAAAGUGA